UUCCGCGACGCCAAGUUCCCACUUCGCACUCCACCCCCUAUAUAAUAACCCUAACCCAGUCCUUAUUCCUACCUCAUCUCCAUCUCCAUCUCUAUUUCCAUCCUCAUCUCCAUCUUCAUCUCCAUCUCCAUCUCGGUCAGCGCCUCCAUCGUUUUCUCCUGCAACUCCCCUUCCCAUGGCGGAGAAGCAACCCCACCUCAACGGCGCCUACUACGGCCCCGCCGUGCCCCCCAAGAAGAACUCCUACCACCGCCCCGGCCGCGGCGGGGGCUGCGUCUGCGGCUGCGGCUGCUGCCUCCUCAAGCUCAUCUUCAACCUCGUCCUCACCGUGGUGGUCGCCGUCGGUCUCCUCGCCCUCAUCUUCUGGCUCAUCUUCCGCCCCAACCUCGUCAAGUUCCACGUCACCGACGCGGAGCUCACCCAGUUCAACUUCACCGCCACCAACAUCCUCAGCUACGACCUCAAGCUCAACCUCACCAUCCGGAAUCCGAACCGCCGCAUCGGGAUCUACUACGACUCGAUCGAGGUGCGGGCAUUAUAUGAGGGCCAGCGCGUCGCCUCCAAUUACCUGACUCCAUUCUACCAGGGCCACAAGAACACGACCACGCUCAGCACGGCGUUCCAGGGCCAGCAGGUGGUGCAGCUCAGCACGAGCGAGCAAUCCGAUUUCAACUCUGAGCAGACGGCUGGCGUCUACGACAUUGAUAUGAAGCUGUACCUGAGGGUGCGGUUCAAGCUCGGCAAGAUCAAGACGUUCCGCAUCAAGCCGAGGGUCAAGUGCGGGUUGAAGGUCCCCCUGAGCUCGUCGGGGUCAGCUGCCACCACCACCUUCCAGACCGAGAAGUGCGACAUCGACUGGAGGAUCUUUAGAUGAUCAUUCCAUGGGCGAUGUAUUGAUUUUUCUGGGUGGCACUAGUUUUUGGUCAUGUUGAUAUCAUUGCUUGCUUUAUUCUUUCAUUAUCGGCGCAUUGGGACGUCUGUUUUGGCCGUCGCCACUAUGUUUCUGGUAUAUAUGCGGAUACAUACUUGUAUUGAUAUUCAUGCUUUCGUAUAUAAAUAAGGAACUCGCUGAGUUCGAUUUUAAUAGCA